UCCUCAUUUCCCCUCAGCUCGCGCGUGCGCAGUGAACACGGAGACCUCGGGGGCGACGCGCAAGUGUGGUGCCGCUUGGACACAUGCGGGCGGUGUGUUUGGCAGUCGCCACAGCCAGCUGAGCCCGACUAGUCCGCUGACCUGAUCAUGAACUCUGUACACGACGAGGUACUUGCUACAAAGCAGUGGGAGCAACCGCUGACGACUGCCGACAUGCGAGCCCGAGCUGCCGAGUGGUCGCUGGCCGAUGACUCCAGGUUGCUUGCACACCUCGAGGUUUUCACCGAGAGCAUAACAUCAAGAACCUGUGAAAUCCAGAAGCAACUGGAAGGACUCAUUCAUGAAACUCUGAUUUCUGGUGUCAAGGUGCACAAUGUCAUCAACGACUUCAGUCACCUGAGCAGCCUGCAGUUUAUGGAAAACCGCGUCUAUGAUGAGGAGGUCAAGGCUGAGCCGAGGGAUGCACAGCCACCCUCCAAGGCGGAGGAAGAGGGGGCCCUGCUGGGGCAAGUGUCAGAAGCCUUUCGCCUUGGUGUGGAAGUGCUGCGCUCGUCACUGGAGGUGGUUGACCUGCGCCAGGACUCUGAAGAUGAUGACGACUCGGAUGAGGACACCCGCUUCCGCCAUGCAGAGGAGACCCUCCUGCGGCCUCUUGACCCAUACCUGGCACGUCCCUUGCCCCUGCUCAUUGGCUCUGCCCAGUUCCUCAGGGACGACCAUGUUGGCCUUGGGGAGCUGCUCAGUGAAGAGGAAGCGGAUGAAAAGAGCAGCCUGGGGGAGUAUGACAGCAACAAGUCUGAGACAGACAGCAGUUCGGAUGGAACGAAUGAACCAGUCAUCGAUAACAAGAUGGCAAACUAUAUGCAGCAGGAAUUUGGGGGCUGCCCAGCAAACAGUGAAGAGGCGGACAUGUUUACUGCCGACGCAGAGGAAUUGCAUUCGGAUGGCAGUGAUGAGGACAGCGGGACAAGGAGGGACUCAUCCAAGAGGAGCUCCGCUGUAAAAGAAAAUGCUGAGCUCUCAGAGGAAAAGGUCAAGAUACAGAAUGCAGUGGACAGGCAGCAGACAAAUGAUGAGCAAAAUGCAGAAGAGGAGAGUGAGUCACCAUUUGCGCGAAAAAGUGGCCUCUUCUCUGGUGAUGGAAAGCUCUUUGAUGACGACGAUGAAGAGGGAGACCUCUUCAGGGAUGUUUCGACUUCCACACCUCCAAGCAUGUCCAACCUGCCUGCACCAAAGCUGACACAGGAUGGCAAGAGAGUUCCUGUUGGAGGUGUGUCCAUCCUAGGAGGGGUGCCUCCUCUUGCUGCGCCCAGGAGGCAAGAGAAACAGGCAGCGCUGCAUGGUCAUAUUGCGAGCGACAACUCGUCCACGCACUCAGAUGAAGUUAGAAGUGCGCUUCUUGGAAGUCUGACUCAAGGAGGACAGGCCACCAACAUGGAGGGAGUGGUGGAGCCCCAGCCAUCAGUUGGCAUUGGUGUCUUUGGAAAUGAGAAGGAGGAGAGUGCCAGCUUGCCCCCAAACGCAACAGCCACUCAAAAACCACUCGGAGGCGCCCUUUUUGAUGAAGAGGACUACAGCGAUUUGUGGACAUCUACACCAACAAAAGUGACCUCCCAGCCAAGGGUGCCUACCAGUCAUCUCACAGACCCUGGUUUGGUGGAGGGGUGCCCUGUUUUCUUGCCAUCUGAAGACCAGAGUGACAAGUCCAGGCACGUCCUGUUUGACAACGAUGAGGAUGACUUGUUGUUCUCUUCUACCAGUGCUGCUGCAAAGACUAGGAGCAAGCCACCAAAGUCCUUGUUCAGUGAUGAUGAGGAGGAGGACAUUUUUUCAGGUGCGCAAACUGCCCAAACAGCUGCCAGUAGCCAGCAAACAAAAGCUCACUUCUUUGAAAACGACACAGCUGCAAGCAAAAGCCGGACAUCCUCUCGGGGGAUCUUCCUGUUUGAAGAUGAGGACGGAGUGUCCGGCCCAUCUGCACGUGUUCUUGAGAAGCCAACAGAUCCAGCAGACGUGUCCGGCCAACAUCCAACAAAUGAACCCAUCUCGCUGUUCACCACUGAGGAGGUCGAGGACGACGACCUGUUUGCAGCACGCACACCACCUGCCCAACUGGCUGAUAGCCAGAGUGCAUCGUGGAGUGUGGAGUCCAAGGGGGAUGCCGAGUCAGUGGUGGAAGCUGUCCUUGAGGAGCCAGUUGCCAAGUCACGCAGGGGCAGUUGCUUUGUCUUUGACCAAGAGGAGGAGACCUUCAAAUCCUCUGAGGACAACCUGGAUGUGGACUUGUUUGCUCCAGCUAAGCCCGCUGAUUUAAAGAAGCCACCUGGUGGUGUCUCACUGUUCGGGGGCUCUAGCCUCUUUGGAGGUGAACUUAGAAGUCGUCUUGAGAAAGUCAGCAUGCCAAGAGGAGGUGAACCAGCUGCUCUUUUGCCUGAUGCAGAAUCUCUUGAGGAAGAGGCCUCCUUGGCUGCUACCAUUGCAGACCCGCAACGUCGUCCGCCACUUCGGGAUACAAAGGUGAUAUCAGCGAGCUUUGAUGAACCUGCUGACCAGAACAAGACUCUCAUAAGUGCAACCAAGAGCCGAGCAAAAGUGAAGGCCAAGCGACGCCUACCAUCACGGAGGAAGUUGCAGGCUGAUUCAAAAUCUUCAGAUGGCGACAGUAAAAGUCCCCCUGCUGAUGGCAUGAUGUUUCCAUCAUCACAUGCUCCUGCUCCUCUGGUGGCACCUUCAAGGUCGGAUGCAGAGCCAACUGUCAACUCGCCUUCAUUGAAGCCAGCCUUGAUGGUGGUCAAAUCGCCGUCCACAGAAGAAGAAGACCUUUUUGCUGUAAACAGCCUGCAGCCUGUACCAGCAGAAGCCAGGCACAAGCCAAGCCAAGCAGUGCCAGCUGUGGCCACUACAGCUAGGUCACAGGCACCAUUUAGUGAGAGCAUCUUUGACGAUGACAGAGAAGACGACCUCUUUGCCGUGUGUGCAGAUCGCUUCCACCAGCAUGUCACCCCUCAUCAGGAGCACAGGUCGUUUGAUGCAGUCUUUGGAGCAGGAGACACUGUGCCUCACUGGAGUGAAGAUUGUUUGUCAACAAACACUGCAGCAAAUUCAGAUGCCCAGGCUCCACCACAGGAGACAUCAAAAAAAGUUUCCAACAGCAUCUUCGAUGACGAUGAUGAUGAUGAUGACAUUUUCGUUUCCAAGUCUGGAAAAUCUGGCAACUCUGCAUUGUCUUCUCAAGCCAAGCGGAAUACAUUGUUCAGCGAUGACACUGAUGACAUUUUUAGCUCCAAGCCAACAACUGUCAGUACAAUGGAGAAGAAAGGUACCCAGCCUUCCACAAGAAAGAGUCUGCCUAGGACCGCCAACUUCAAAGAUCCACUGCUUGGAGACAUAAGUGAUUAAUAAGUUUCAUUGUUGUUGAUGAUUUACCUCGGCUGCGAUUUUCUAAUAUAUUCUGUAGCAUUGGUGCCCUUGA